AUGCAACAACCAACUAUUUUAAGAAUUGCCAUCGUUGGAUCUGGUGGGGUUGGCAAGAGUUCUCUAACUCUCCAGUUUGUGUAUAGUGAGUUUCUUCAGGACUAUGAACCAACAAAAGCCAAUUCGUACAGGAGAAAAAUGACGUUGGAUGGGGUGCCACUACAAUUUGAUAUUCUAGAUACUGCAGGUCAGGAGGAUUAUAGAGGGAUUCGAGAUUAUUUUUUUAAAAUUAGUGAAGGUUUUAUAUUGGUGUUUGCUAUUGACGAUAGCGAAUCCGUUAACUCUUUGGCAACAUUUCGUGAGCAUAUUCUUCGUAUUAAGCAAUCUGACCAAGUUGUGUUCGAAAUAAUUAUAUCAGUCAAGGCAAGCAGUAUGCAGAUGAUUGGCAUCUUGACUUUAUCGAAACUUCAGCAAAAACAUACAGUGAUGCUGAAAGGGUAUUUCUUGAAAUUGGUAAAAAAAUUCGUGAAUCACAUAUGGCCAGUAUACAAUAUCCGAGAAAAGUGGAAAACUACAAACGAAGAAAAAAGUGUACAAUUUUGUAAAGAUCAGCAUAAACCUGUACAUCUUGAUGAACAUUCUCAGAUUCGUGCUCCAUGA